UCCCCCAAUCACAUCUCACGCGACCGCACCACCAACCCUUCCCUUCAUCAAUAGGAGCACGGCGCCCAUCCAUUCCCCUCUCCUCCUCCCCAAUUCCAACGCCUCGUCUCCUGCUUCUCAAUUCCAAACCCCCAGUUGAUUACCUAACGCUCAUGGUUUUCUCCGCCUCCGCGUCGCCUCUCGUUGCCGCCUCCGCUUCCUCCUGCUCCGCCGCCGCCGCGCGCCUCCGCUGCUGCUGUUAUGCUGGUUGUUGUUGUUGACGUCGUAGCUAGCUAGGGUUUGUGAUUUCGCGCCGAUCUGUUGGGAAAUUCGAAAGCAUGGAUCUCUCGCGGCCCGAAUCGUCGGACCUCUCGCUCGGCCUCCACUCGCACGCCCAUUCCUACGCCCACGUCCACGCCCGAGCGCACGCGGUCGCCGCGCCGCUGCGGCUGUUCGACGACGCGGAGGACGCGAAGCCGGAGCGCGUCGGGGUUCGGGAGGCUGAGGGGGAGAGGGAUGACGACGACGGGGGAGACCAGCGCUUCUCCCUCCUCGGCCACUCGCUCUGCGUCAAGCGCCCUCGCCGCGCGGUCAACGGCGGUGGGGGCGGCGGAGGGGAGACGUCCUCCUGCUCGUCCUCGUCCGCGGUGCUGCGCCCUGCGAAGCGGCAGGCGACGGGGGAGUGCGGCGGCGCGGAUCUAGAGACCCGCCGCGCCAUGGUCCGCGCCUGGGGCAACCAGUCGCUGGCGGAGGCUGACCCGGACGUGCACGCGCUGAUGGAGCGCGAGCUGGACCGCCAGGUGCGUGGCAUCGAGCUGAUCGCGUCGGAGAACUUCGUCUGCCGCGCGGUGCUCGACGCGCUCGGCAGCCACCUCACCAACAAGUACUCCGAGGGGCUCCCGGGGGCGCGCUACUACGGCGGGAACCAGCACAUCGAUGCCAUCGAGUGGCUCUGCCACGAGCGCGCGCUCGCCGCCUUUGGUCUCGACCCCGCCUGCUGGGGCGUCAACGUCCAGCCUUAUUCCUGCACAUCCGCCAAUUUGGCUGUCUACACGGGGCUUCUUCAACCCAAAGACCGCAUCAUGGGGCUGGAGCCGCCGUCCGGCGGCCAUGUUAGCCACGGUUACUACACGCCGAGUGGUAAGAAGGUGUCAGGCGCCUCUAUUUUCUUCGAGAGCUUGUCAUACAGGGUGAAUCCACAGACUGGGUAUAUUGAUUAUGACAAGCUUGAGGAGCGUGCAAUGGAUUUCCACCCAAAGAUCCUCAUCUGUGGUGGGAGCUCGUACCCAAGGGAGUGGGACUUUGCACGGAUGAGGUUGAUUGCUGAUAAGUGUGGUGCAGUGCUUAUGUGCGACAUGGCACAUAUCAGUGGGCUUGUCGCGGCAAAGGAAUGUCGUAGUCCCUUCGACUACUGUGAUGUUGUUACGUCAACUACCCACAAGAAUCUAAGGGGUCCUAGAGGUGGUAUAAUAUUUUUCAGGAAAGGGAAAAAUUCAAGGAAGAGAGCUGGAUCUUUUUCUCAAGGGGAUGAAAAUGAUUAUGACUUCGAGGAUAGGAUAAAUUUUGGUGUUUUCCCUUCAAUGCAAGGAGGACCCCAUAAUAAUCAUAUUGCUGCCUUGGCGAUAACUCUGAAGCAGGUGGCAACUCCUGAAUAUAAAACAUACAUUCAACAAGUCAAGAAAAAUGCUCAGGCUUUGGCAUCAGCCUUGCUUAGAAGAAAAUGCAGAUUGGUUACUGGUGGCACAGAUAAUCAUUUGGUACUUUGGGACCUCAGAACUCUUGGCUUGACAGGCAAGAUCUUCGAGAAGGUCUGUGAGGCAUGCCACAUAUCUAUCAACAAGACACCAAUUUACGGGGAUAAUGGCUCAAUAUCUCCUGGUGGUGUAAGGAUUGGAACACCUGCAAUGACUACUAGAGGUUGCUUAGAGGUUGACUUCGAGGUUAUUGCAGACUUCCUCAUCAGGGCAACUCAAAUUGCCAGCAGUGUUCUGAAAGAACAUGGGAAACAGCAAAACGUAUUUCUAAGAGGCCUGCAGAACAAUAAGGAUGUUAUAGAACUCUGUAAUCAGGUCGAGGCGUUUGCAUCACAGUUUGCAAUGCCAGGUUUUGAUGUAUGAAUGUGCGUAUAUACAAUGGUUGGGAUUGUCCAGAUUCAUCAGCAACAUUACCAGCCCUGCGGAUCAAACAAUACUAUCAAGUAUCAACUAUUUGUUCAACUGCAUAAGAUUAGGAGGGGGGGGUUUUUUGGUUGGUAAUCGGUCUUGACUCUUAUUCAAGCAAUUAUGUACAGUUUACCGCAAAGUUGCCAAAUAUGUGUAGUGAACCUUGGUAUGACGAAUUAUUAUAGGAGAUAUUUUCCUGUCACCCUACAACAGAAUUUGUACUGCCUUUUGGAACCUGUGAUUGUCCAGGCUGAAUAAGCUUAACCAUGAGAUCUCUGUUUAUUUAUA